AUAGGUACAUGGACCAGGAUUCGCGCUAUAUACGUUCGUCAUCGAUAACGUCCAGAGUAAUUCGGGCUUCUCGGCCGCUGAAAGGCCGGAAUCGAGCAGCCGCCGCGUAGUGUCGGGGAGACUGCGGAAGCUUUCGAAGGGGUUGCCGGGCGAGAGAGCGGCUCUAGUCUUCGGACGAAAAGUGCGCGGUAACACGGGACACGAGCGAUCACGGGCACGCGCGCGAAGCCGUACCGAGCGAAGGAGGUCGUUUAACGAGGAGCCCGACGGCGAUGCGUCUGCGAGGCUCGACCUUCGUCCAAGUCGACGUUAAACUCUGAUCGACCCCCGGUACGAUUCGAUCUCGCGUCGCGGGGGACGAGUGUUCGAACUCGGACGGAUCGGACGCUCGGCGAACGGGCCGAGGCGGAUCGAAGCGGACGAACACGAGCGACGAGCCGUCGCGACGGUAGCGCGUGUCAUCGGUCUACGUUUCGCGUGUGUCGCAUCCCGAGAGGAACGUGGAACGCGGGUACGCGGACACGGUGCGGUGCGGCGUGGGUGCGUGCAGGGGUUCGUGCACACACGUACGAGCGAUACGAGGAAUCGCAGGGAGGAGCAGAGGGGGUGGCGGCGGCGGCGGCGGCGGCGGCGUCGGCUCUGCAAAGCGUUCUCCGGCCAGUCUCGGUUAGCUGUUUCCUCUUCUCCCUUUCGUUCUCGCUGGCCUCUUUCCUCGCCGGAUCGGUCCUCCCCCACCUUGGAUACCGCCGUCCUCGUCUGGCCUUCGAUGGCCGGAGUCGGUGCCGCGUUCCCGUCGAAAAUAUGCUCCGCAUACGAGCUUUCGCGACGACGCUGUUUUGCUCGGCGGAGCUGGUGCUAGCGUCGGUACUGCUGGUGGCGGUGGUGGUGCCGAUGUCGAGGAGGAUGGUGUAGCCGCGCGGCUGUGCGCGUGCGGUGUGCUGCCUGCCUUCGACGGCUAACAGUGCGGACGGUGGCUUUAGACUCGAAGCUGCGGAAGAAAGGCCGCGAGCUCGGCCGUGCUCCGAUGGCUUGAUACACACUUUACGGGACGCGUAUAUGAAGCUACACUGCCCUGACUCGUCGAUGGGCGUGCGGGGGUGACUGGAGUGAUGGGAUGGGGCCAGAGCCCCAUGGAGUUCGGGUAGACCCGUCUCCGACCCAACUCCCCAGCCCCCUCCGCCAUCAAUAUCGCCACAGCUCCUGCCGGCGUCGAAGAGGGCCCCCUCGAUCGCGAUGGAGGCCGCCAAUAAUCAACAACAGAAGAAGGAGCCACGCGUUCACAGGCCUUAUGCCUUCGACAAGAUGGAGGGGCUGGUGCGGGAGAUGCAAGACCCUGAGAACGGGGUACCCGUGCGCAGCCAAAAACAGUUUCUCACCUCAAUCCCCUCAGCGUUCAUGGGUGAGUGCCAUCGGUACCUGCGUUGUGGAGUAAACGUUAGCGGCCAUCACGGCCAGGACACUACAGUAGGCUGCCUGCGUGUUGCAGGUUACGACCUCAUCGAGUGGCUGAUGGAGCGGCUUUCCAUCGAGGAAUCAGUAGAGGCGGUCCACAUUGCCAAUCAGCUCUGCCAAUACGGCUACUUCUUCCCGGUGAAUGACUCCAAGACACUCACCGUAAGGGAUGAUAGUUCUCUGUAUAGAUUUCAGACACCAUGUUAUUGGCCAUGGCAACAUAGAACCCCUGAUAACGUGGAAUACGCUAUUUAUCUGGCUAAGAGAACACUGAGAAACAAGCAACGCCAUGCGCUCGAAGAUUACGAGACUGAAGCUUUAAACAGCCUACGUAGGAACUUGCAGAACAAAUGGGAUUUUAUACAACUCCAAGCCGAAGAACAGGUGCGCUUAGCAAAGGAGCGGAAGAAAGGGGAUAAGAUAGUGAGCGAUUCGCAGGAGCGGGCUUUCUGGAGGGUGUACCGGCCGCCACCCGGUUGCUCGAGCAGCCUCGAAAUAGCACCCGUACCGACACGCUUUCGCCCUGGACUGUCGCGUCCUCCGUCGCGUAAGCGAACUCUGACUGAUCUGCAACGGGAGGUGGCCAUAUUAAAGAACAGUUUGACCCGGACGAGGAUAAAGGUUUCUGCCGCGAUCGAAAAUUUGAAAUCAUACUUCGAAACAUACGUGGAAUACGACCCGAUGUUUGUACAGCCACAACCUUCGAAUCCAUGGAUCACCGACGAUCAAACAUUUUGGCAGCUGAACAGCCCUCUGGUGGAAGUUCCUACGGAAAAACGCGUCAAGCGUUGGGCACUUUCAAUGGAAGAGUUAAUGUCUGAUCCUACAGGUUUGCAAGAGUUCACUAAUUAUUUGAGGAAAGAGUACAGUCACGAAAAUAUAAGGUUCUGGUUAGCGGUGAAGGAUCUGAGGCACAGUUAUCAAGCACAGAUACCCGACAAAGUCAACGAGAUCUUCAAAGAAUUCCUGGCGCCUGGAGCUCCUUGCGAAAUAAACAUAGACGGAAAGACGAUGGAGAAGGUUCACCAAGAGAUGAAAAGUCCAAGCCGAUUCACGUUCGAUUCCGCUGCUGAACAUGUAUAUACAUUGCUCCUGAAGAAGGACUGUUAUCCUAGAUUUAUUCGUUCCGAUCAAUAUCGAAAUCUUUUAGCUGCCGGCGUGCAACCUCUGCAGAAACGAUGGUUUUUUAGCUUCGGCGUUCAAGCGAAGAAGAAAAUUUCAUCGACCUCGGCUCCGACGACUAGCAGUUUGCAACAGCACGCUGUGAGCAGCGGAGGAAGCAGUAGCAAACGGAGAGGAAGCGAUCGAAGCCUUUCCGGAUCCGCGCACGAGUUAGCCCUUUGCGGCGUUCGAGACACGACUUCGAUGCCCAGAGUGCCGCAUUCCCACAGCCAGUCGAACCUCGCCGACAUCCCUUACAGGGAUGCUGGCGGGUCGGAAACGGCGGCACGGCCGGUGGACGACGUUUGCCCGUGGGACGCGGUGCCUGGCCCGAGUACAGAGCACGGCACGAAUACCGCGUCGCUGCAUCAUCAGCCAAUAUCGUCCGGAAUGAUGUCGUCGCUCGAGAGCCAACCGGACGAGGCGUGCGGCGGCUUCAUGGGGCAGUCGCAAUCCGCCGAGCCGGUACGCGUGUCUCGAAAGAAUUCGGCGCAGCUCGAUUCGUGUAGUUCCUCGUCCGACGUCAGCUCAGCGGUGGCCGAGGUCUCUGAGCACCUUCGAAAGUCUUGUAGUUUACAGCACAGUAGUAGUACAGCCGGCGUACCGUCGACCACCGAGAGGGUCGGCCUACCACCACGGAUCUAUUCGAUCGGGUCGACCAGCGGAAGGGUGAAGCUCGGAGAGAUCGGUCGGCCGUCCGCUUCCUGCAACUAUCCCGUGUCGCCGCAGCAUUCGUUCGAGUAUUCUCACGGGACGUUCGACAAACCGGAAACCCCGAGCACGGCCACGGGGAGAGCGACCGUGGAGGUAGCCACCGGCGCAUCGAAGGUCGCGUCGUACGUUUCCCCCUCGUACGACGUGGCCUUCGCUGCGCCGGUGGGCAAGACGGUGCCCAAGGCUCCUUUGAUAAGCAUAAGCGCGAUCGUGGGCGAUCUGCCGAGCGACGGCUCGGCGAUCGAGGCCGAGGAGAAGACGGACGACGAUGAGACGGGGACGACGAGGGACGAGGGGUCGGAGGUCGAUAAGGGGAAGCGAGACGCGGAGCCUGAUAAGGGUGAGACGCUGGAAGAGGCGCAGGUUGUUCCUGUCUGGGAGCCGGAAACCCGGCAGGGCGACCAGGUAGCACCCGUCACUCCGCCAGCCUCCCAGCAAAAGCGUGACAAUAACGUUAACGAAGUGUGCCCAUGGGAGGAUGAGGAAAACUGUAGAGUGGACGCCCCAUACGUGAAAACCUACGCGACUUUGGGUUACUUAUAACUUGGCAUUGGUACUAAAAUAAAAGGGAAUACAUUUUACACGUAAACAUUCGAAAUUUCCAUUUUACUUCACUUUAACGAGCCCUCGAGUGCCCGAACCACGCGUAUAACACAGUGCGAAUUCGUGUUUGCGAUCGCGAAGGCGGAUCCCGAGGCGUGAAUCGAGAUCAGUAGAAGCAAUCACGCUGAAACGAAAGGGAACGAUAUUUGCUCGCACGAGAGUUAAUUUCUUGGUGUAAUCGAUGUCCAUUUAGAAGAUAUUCCAAUAUCGCCUCAGCCCGAACACGUUCUCCGCGUGUCAAUUCAUUUACCGCCCCCCACACGUCCCUGCACUCGCGUAAGUUUCAUUUCGGUAGUAAUUAAAACGAUGUCCUGCUAACAAGCUGAUCUACAGUAGAACGCGGUACAAUUAAAGAAACCGCGAGUAUAACGACGACGCGUCAGUCUGCCGAUCUCCCUUAGGAUAGAGCGUAGUCCUAUUUAAUAAGACAAAGUUCAAUUCUGCAAAUUGAAAGACAAUUAUUACGAUUCUAAUUGGUUCAAGUAUUAAACGCAAAGAACCGCCCUGCGAUCGCCAGUCAUCACCUGCCGAAUGACCGCGUUCACAGGUCGCGCAUUUCUUUAAUACUGUUUUACUAUUUUAACAAAAAGUCGAUUGGAAGAUUUUACGAUCUUACUUUAUUACAAAAUUUUCGUCGGAGUUAUUCGUUUCUCGAAUUGUUGUCGAAUUUUAUCGAUGAUUUGAUCGUCGUUCAAUCUAAGUGUUAGUCGUAUCCAUCUAACGUCUAGUGUCUAAUGACAGGUGUUUAGCGUAACAUUACCCCGCUUGGCCCGAUUUGAUCGUACGCGUUGGUAGCACCCGACCUCGAGCCGGCUAAUGUUACUCUACUGUUCGUAAUUAGAGAUAAAAUUAAUAAUUAUACAAGAGAAGAUAAACGCAAGGCAACCGUGUGAUAAUAACGAUUCAUUUGUUUUUUAAACGUAAGACGUGUCGAAUCUUGUUCUCUAACGAUACCUACUCGUACGGUGUAAUAGGAUUUAAUAGAGGGUACUGUAUCCCGAUGUCCCUCAACGAUAAAUAAAUUAUAACGACUUCUCCCUCCUUUAGGAACAUUUAUUUAAAUGUCUAUAACGUGUAUAGUAAGAUUUAGAGACGAGUUUACCUGACUACGUUUAAACGUUUAAUGUUAUAUCCAAAAAGCACGAUGCACGAGACAGUAAAGCGUGUUUACUCGGUGAAGCCCCUCCGAAGAGGGUAAACGAUUGCGUGGAUCACGCGGCGGAGAUUAGGGAUGAAAUCGACGUGAACACGAAUGUCAGUGAAAUGAAACGAUUACGCGGGCCAAGAAACUUCUUCGACGAAUUUUCCUUAUUCUCGUGGCUUUUAAUCCGCUGAAUUCGAAUAUGACGAUAAGAGAGUCGUAUCGGUUAUCGGUCAUUUAUAAAGAGACGCUAAACGUAAAGGCCAGUCACGAAGACUACGUAACGAAGUUGAACAAAAAUUUCGUUCGUAAUCGAUUUUUAAUUCCCAAUGUGUGACGAAACUGUGAAUAAUGACAUGAGAUCAGACGCGGAUUCGGCACCGAAACGAAUCGUAAGAAUCAGCUGUUAACGUUGAAGAAGUCGGUUGACCCGCGUCACUUUUUGUAUUUCCAUUGGUCGACGCGUACCCCGUGACGAAAUUCGGUUCGGACACUCGAGGCUAUUCUUAAGAGUUCUAACGUAUCCAUACAUUAAAAUCGUAAUGUUACAUAUAAUUAAAAAGCUCAAUUUAACUAUUGUAAAUCCUUAUGAGACGACAAAAGAAAAAUACUAAAGAGAACUAGAUAGUCGACGUGGAUGAAGUGCGGCGUGGAUAUCGAGAUUAAAAGUUCCGUUGAAUCAGCGAGAUGGGUUGAUGCAAACGUACGCAUCGACGGUACGACUGAGUCUUAUUUAACGAGGCGUAAUGCGUGUUAAAUUAAUUACUAUAAGCUUGAAAGAAAACGAAUCAAAACAAAACUAUUUUCGUUCCUCGUUUCGCGGAGAUAUUUUGUAUAACGUCACUCGUAGAAAAUGCUACCCGCCGUUCUGUCGUUACGAUUACUCCGAGUCGCGGUAAUUUAAAGGAUCUUGCAUUGUCGUUGUAUUGUACAAAGGGCAAUCGAAAGGAUCGUUGUGCGUCCUGAAUCUCCGAGCACCACUCGUGUGUAUUCACGGUUUCUUCGUUACGAGUCUGAACGAAUCGAAGUAGCGACGAGAUCGUAACACGUAAUUAAUUAUUUCGAUCGACGACUACGCGUGCGAACGGUCAUCAGUAUUAUCCGAAGAGAAACAAUGCAGUGUUCAACGAACAGACGAGAACAAAGUACAAUUUACGAUCGAUAUUAUUUUAAUAUUGCUUCGAAGAGAGAGAGAGAUUGAACGGGAGCGUAGCCGGCAAUUCCUUUCUACAAGAUAUUUUUUUACGGUCGUCUAUUAUUUUCUAAUGGCUCUAAUCGUAUUAACGAAACGUGGAUAUUUUAAAUACGUAACUUUUAUAGCAUCCGUAGCUUGGUUACAUUUUACCGUGUAUAAGCUAAGCGAUAUAUUAUUUAUUACGAUACGAAACGUCUCGUGAGGCGUCGACUAUUAAUUAUUAAUACGUCACUGUUAACGAUUUAUCAAAUUAUUAUGGAAUAAGGCAGGCACAGAAUUAUAGUGGAGACGAUACUGUUUUCUCUGGCGUCUCGUUUGGUUGAAAGGAUCGGAUGGUUCGGGUCGAUUUCAAUUCUAUUAAGCUAAUUACUUUCAAUCAUGUGCAACGUGAAACAAUCAGAGUGUACCUCUUGGUUCUUCUCCAUCCCUAGAUUCGCCAAUAGUACAAAUGUAACUUAAAGUAUAGCGUAAUUUACGGGUAAGCCUGGCUCAAUUUUUCGUCUAAAUCCCGGCCUCGUGUUUCGUUCACAGAGGAAUUCAAUAUGAGAUCGAACGUGCAACAAGCAAAUUUACAAUCUACGAUCGAAGUCUCGUGUAGUACUGUCAUUUUUACUGUUCAGUUUCUUUUCGGUGUUUUUUCCAGAGAAAAUUCAUUAUUAAAUUUCGACCAGAUGAGAAUGAGCCAUGUUUACCAGCAAAAGACUGAAAACGUACCUGAAAUUUGCUCCUCCCUCGUGUGUAAAAAAAAAUUCUAAAACUGAACGUUUUGGAAUGCGGCGUUGUCUAAUUAUUUCGGUAAAAAUUAAAGAGGAAACAGAAGAGAACGACGAAGAUAAUUAGUAAGAAUGAAAAAGAACUGGGGUGAUCGAUUCAAGAUUUCAGCGAUCCUUGACGUGUCCUGAGGUAUUUUAAUCUAUACUUUGUAUUAGAUCUCAGUCCAUCGGAUCGUUUAAACGUGUGUGCUAAAUGAGAACGUGUUAGUGUCAUUGUUAGAGAGAGAGAGAGAGAGAGAGAGAGAGAGAGAGAGAGAGAGA